UUUAUCUCUGGAUCCAGAAGACAAGACAGUAAUAUUCCACACGUGGAGAAGGCCAAUAAAUUAAUCUCAACUGAACUCACUUCCCACCCACCCACCGCCACCGUUCGCUUCCAUCAUAUUCCCAAAUCUCCCCACCUGCAUCCUCUCAAUUUCAUCCUCCUCUGCCUUGCUCAACUCUAUCUGCUUUGCUCUUCUACUGAUUUCCUCUCUCUCCCCCCAAUUCCCAAUCAUAAAUCUAAUCCACUCCCACUGAAAGAGUUCUCAUCAGUGGCCAUUUUAAAAUUGUGGGGUUGUCGGUGUGUGCCUCUGGGAUUUUAUUCUUUGCCCCCUAAACAAAAGGCACGCCCUAUAUUUGUAGGAUCCUCAACCGUGAUUCCGGAGAUGGGUAUGUUUUCUGAAACCUACAGUACGAAGCAAGUCCUUUUAUUAUAGAAAGUCUUCAUCUUUCUCCCUCUUCAAUCAUACAAAGUCUCCUUACUUCGUUAGUUUUUUGCAUUUUUAUCUAGACCAAAGCUUCCAUCUUUACUUCAAAUGUAGUCCUACGAAUAAAGGAUACCCUUUGUUUUGGUUAAUUAGUCAGCUGCGGAUUUCGAUUUGGAUGCCAAUUGGCUGAUCGAUCCAAAACAUCUUUUUGUUGGUCCGAGGAUUGGGAAGGCGCAUGCCAAAGUGUACGAAGGAAAGUUGUUUUUGUUUCUCAAUCAAGGGGGCUUGAAAGAGUCGGAUGUGGACAGCUUUGUUGAUGACGUCCUUGUGAAUGACAAACCAUGGGCUUCCGUAGUGCAAGAGGCGUUGACUGGCUCCCAUGUAUUUGUAUGUGCACAUGGUAGUCGAGAUAAUAGAUGUGGUGUUUGUGGACCUGUCCGCAUUGAUAAGUUCAAAGAGGAGGCUGAGCUGCGAGGAUUGACGAAUCAGGUAUUUGUUACUGCUUGCUCUCACAUUGGAGGCCACAAAUAUGCUGGAAACUUGAUUAUCUACAGCCCAGGUUCAGAUGGAAGCAUAACUUUACAGAGAUGGAGAAAGCGAAGCAGAUCUAGCGAAUUGGAUAUAACGGCAUUACCCUGGGGCAAAUGGGAGUAUCUUCUGAUGAAGCUGAAAAAAUUAAUGACCUGAAGCUUCCAAAUGGAGGAGAAAGUAAGAAAAUCAAGGAGAAGCCCCAAGAAAACAGCAAUCAGAUUCAGAAGAAUGAGAACUUUUCAGGCUGUUGCAAGGGGCUAAUAGUAAUGGAUUUACAUGCUGCAAAGAAGUAAGUUUGUAGCAGAAUGUGGAAGUGAGGAAAAGAAGCUAAAAGAAACCAGAGAGUCGUGUGCCAGGAAGGAUGCCUUAGGGAGGCUGUCAAGCUUGAUCGGGAACUGGGAGCAAAGCGAUGUCCUCGCAGCUGCUGCCUUGGUUGGAGCAGUCGCAACAGCGGCAGUGGCCUAUAGCUUUUAUAGAAGGUCAGGCUGAAACAUACUCUAAUCCAUGUCGGGUUUCUGCCACAGGUGUGGAGGCCUAUAGCUUUUGUAGAAAGAUGUUAUAACGUCAAUUAAAUAAGCUCUUACAUGAAAGGAGAACAUGGUAGCUACACUAAAAACGUUCAUUUUUGGAGGGUGGGAUGAUUUCCCGAAGCUAAGCCAUAUACAGUUACAAAAAUAUUCACUAUUCCUUUCCGUAGUUGAUUGCUUACACAACUGAUGUGUUGUUCCAAUAUACUGUUGAAUGGAUUUGUUAUGAGACUGCUUUGACGUGGUGUUUUCUAAGCUCUUGUGAUUGUUUUCGAUUUGCCUGCUGUUGAUUCUAUCAAAAUUUAUGAUAAUUUUUGUCAAAGAAGUCUAAAUUUCAAAAGAGAGAAAAAGACGGCGUUCUCCUCGUAGAUAGCAAAGCUCAGAGUUUGGUCGAGAUCAUCGUCCACUGCUGAUCUUUGCAAGCAUCUCCUCCACGCCUCAAUACCGUUGUACUCAUCCCAUCAGCUCUUUCUCCUCCCCCACCGCCGCCCCCCCCGGCGGGGCGCCGCCGCAGCAUCGAUGUCCUGCAUAAUCUGCUCUAUAUCCUUAUUCCUCGACCGCUUGUUUCUCGAACCAUAAUUGGAACAGUCUUUCAAGAGAAACAGCAACUCCUGUGCCGUGGCUUUAGCCGUCCACGUCCCAUCCACGCUCAGCCGAAGCAGUCUGGGCAUUGCUCUUCUCUCAGUAUUAGUCCUCUGUACGUCUCUCUGCAGCUCUGACAUAUAGGCAGGAAGAUACUCGCAGCGUGCUCCUUGCAUUUCAUCGAUUCCUUUUCAAUGGUCUCAACCAGCCCCCAGACUAUGUCGCAAAUACCUGCAGUUUCCUUGAGCGCAGUCUUCGAUGAAGAAACAAUGUCGUCAAGUAGUGUAAUUGCCUCCUCAACUAGUUGGCUUGAUUUUUCCAAGCCCUGGAUUAUUUGUUACAACGAAAACACUACGCCCGAAGAGACGGAGACGGAAUAGUCCGAUGGCAGGUUGAGAGGUUGUGUAGUGUGGCUAUGCUGUCGAGUCUGGCUUGCACACCGAUGCCUCCUGCAUAAUCUUGAUCGAGAAAUUCAACUACUGUUCCCAUUGAUUGGUAAAGUAAACUGGAGAUGAUGACUCUUCCCAUUGAUACUCUCUAGACUGACUCCAACGGUUGGAACUUGCUCUCCACCGAAGAUUCUUAUAACGCUGUCGUGACGUCAAGUCAACUGGUCAAAGUUGGCGGCAGAUUUCUCAAAAAACUACAAAAGGAAGGAAAUUGCAUCGUAAACUGUGGUGGAAAAGCACUCACGCGUGUUCGACAUGGCAGUGACAUCAUUGGACAAAGAUUGUUUGCUUUUUUUAUUUUCUAUGUUCUUCUAUUUGUGUAGUCACGAUUAAAUCAUUUUAACAUUUUAUAUUAUUAUUUAUUUUUAUCUUAUUAAUUUUAUAAAAAAAUAAUAUAAAAUAUUAAUAUAAUUUCGUAUAAAACAGGAAAAUAUGAAAGCACACGAGAAGUGAUAGGCAGAAAAAUCCUUGUCCGACAUCAUUGGCCCAUGCAAAAAAUUUAAAAGGGCCACCGACACUGGGUAAUCUUAGGUUAGACUUGACUUUGGUUAUUUGAAAGCCAAGCUACACUUCUACAGGCUGCAAUGGAUACCAGCAGCUCCGCCCAUGGAGCCGCCGCUGCCGCCUCUUCGACUUCCUCGCGGAGCUCAAACCGCUGGAAGUACGAGGUGUUCCUGAGCUUUAGAGGUGGCGACACCCGCAAAACCUUCACAGACCACCUCUUCAUUGCGUUACGCAACGCCGGAAUUAACACGUUUAUGGACAACCUGCUCACAAGGGGGGAAAACAUACAGAGAGAACUUGACCGAGAAAUCGAAUUGUCUAGAAUCGCCAUCAUCGUCUUUUCGAAGAAGUACGCGGAGUCCCGAUGGUGCCUGAGGGAGCUAUCGAAGAUCAUGAGGUGCCUAAAAGAUCAAGAGGGGAAAAUAGUCUGUCCAAUAUUCUACGACGUUGAACCUUUUCAAGUCAGGAAACAGAAAGGUAGUUUUGGGGAAGCAUUUCAGACGCAUGAAAAGGAUGAAGAUCGAAAUGAGGUCAAGCAAUGGAGAGAGGAUCUUAAGGCUUCUGCAGAGUUGGGCGGCUGGAACCUCAAAACCACGGCCGACGGGUGUGAAGGGGUGUUUAUUGAGAAAAUUGUUGGGGACGUCAAGGGGCUACUGAAAACCACAGACUUUAAAGAAGCCAAGCACUCAGUUGGAAUGGCUUUUCGUGUGCAAGAAUUCAGUACUAAAUACUUAGAUGUUGGAGGUUCACCUGAUGUUCGAAUAAUUGGAAUUUGUGGUAUGGGCGGUAUAGGUAAAACAACGCUUGCUAGAGCCGUUUGUAGCAAUAAUCAGCAUAGUUUUAGUCGUCACUGUUACCUUGAAGAUGUGAGGAGUAAAAAGAAAGAGAUGGUUAGUUUGCAAGAACAACUUCUUCGAGAUAUUUUAAAACAGCCUGACAUUAAGGUAAGCAAUGUUGCUGAAGGGACCAAAGAGAUCAAGAAAAGACUUGGAAGCAUGAAGGUACUUGUCGUGGUUGAUGACAUAGAUGAUGCAGACCAAUUAGAUGAAUUGGCAAUAGAACAUGAUUCAUUUGGUCCAGGGAGCAGAAUUAUUAUAACAACAAGAGAUGAACAUGUGCUGAAUAUACAAAAGGUGGAUAAAAAAUAUAAGGCACAAGCAAUGACAAAGAAAGAAGCUCUUGAGCUCCUUAGUUGGCAUGCCUUUGGAAAUGAUCAUCCCGAUAAAAAAUAUAUUGAAUUGGCAAGAGAUAUUGUUGAUUAUUGUGGAGGAUUGCCCCUAGCUCUGAAAGUUGUUGGUCGUUUGUUGGCUAAGAAAAAGAGUAAAACCAUAUGGAAAGGUACAUUGGAUAAAUUGAGAAAUAUUCCAGAUGAAAAAAUUUAUGAAAAGCUUAAAUUAAGCUACGAUGGGCUACCUGAUGGUCAUGUGAAGGGUGUGUUCCUUGACAUAUCUUGUUUCUUUAUUGGAGUGGAUAUAAGUAUUGUCACGGCAAUAUUGGAUGGUUGUAGUCAUUUUUCUGUAGAAGCAGAAAUUACCACACUCUGUGAUCGAUGUCUCUUAUAUGUUGGUGAAGAUAAAAAAUUGAGGAUGCAUGAUUUGAUUCGAGAUAUGGGAAGAGAAAUUGUGCGGGCAGAAUCUCCUGUGGAAUUUGGAAGACGUAGUCGAUUGCGGCAUAGUGAAGAUGCAAAAAUCGUGCUAAGGAACAAAUCUGGAACAGGAGCAGUUGAAGGACUACGCUUAUAUUCUGAUGACGAGCAAAGCUUCAGUACGGAAGCGUUUAAGAAGAUGUGGUGUCUGAAAUUUCUCAUGCUGGAAAACGUAAAGCUGACUGGAAGCUACAAACAUCUUUCCAAGGAGUUAAGAUUGUUGUAUUGGAUUGGAUUUCCUCAUGAAGCCAUACCAGCAGAUUUUGAUCAACGAAACCUAGUUUAUUUAAAUCUGAGCAACAGCAAGAUGGUACGAGUUUGGGAGGAUUCGGAGCUGUUGCCUAAGAAGUUGAAGUUUCUCCAUCUUAGACACUGCCAUAACCUGACUGAAUUACCAAACUUUUCAAAACUCCCGCAUCUCGAGGUAUUGGACCUCAGCGGCUGUAAGGGUUUGUGCGGGGGUUUCCAUUUUUUAGCACAACUGAAGACGAUUGAGGGAUUAAAUCUCAGCGACUGCAAUAUAACAGAUGGUGCCGUUCUCGAAAUAAUUGGGACUCUAUCUUCUUUAACAGCUUUACGUCUAAGUAGGAAUGGUUUUAAUAGGCUACCCAUUCUCAGUGGCCUUUCUCAGCUUCAGAGUUUAUAUCUAGAUCAUUGCACAAACCUUCAGGCAAUCCCAGAUUUGCCGAACAGUUUGCUUUUACUGAAAGCGAAUUACUGCACUGCACUGGAAAUAAUGUCCGACUUUUCAGAGAUGUCGAAAAUGAGGGUAUUGGAACUGAAAGACUGCCGCAAACUCAAAGAUAUUCCAAACUUGGAGAGCUCAUUGGACUACAUGGAUUUAAUUCAUAUGGAAGGGUGUACCAGUCUCACUGAUACUUUUAAGGAGAACCUCCGAACGAAAAAUGCAUUUGGUGGAAUUUUUCUCUCCGGAAAUGAUAUUCCUAACUGGUUAGCCUAUGUCGCGGGAGAGGAUAAAACUGUCAAAUUUACAGUGCCGCCAAGUAUUGAUUAUAUAGGAGGGUUGGCUUUGGGCAUCGUUUAUUCUUCAGACAACUCCGACUCAACUGGGUCUCUAUGCAUUGAUGUUGUUAAUUGUACCCAGCGAACUAAUUUUCGCAACUGGCCAAUGAAGGCCACCGUAACUGCUUCCCAUGAAUAUUAUCUUUGGUUGGGAAAUCUUUCAAACAAGAAGCUCAAUCUGAAAGGCGGCGACAUAGUUCUUGUAAAAGCAAAAUUUUAUGGAGGAGAUAAUAGAAUUAAGGUGAACAAAACAGGAGUGGAUAUGGUAAAAUGGGAUUUGCCUGAUGGUCUUGCUAAUUGGGACAACUAUAAGACUAUGCCAUAUGAGUCUGAUGAAGACACUGAUGACGAUACACAGUUGGACAUUUGCCACAUUUUCCUCUGCUACAAGACCUUCGAGGCUUGGCCGUGGUGCAUCAAAGGCUCUGAGUCCGAUCCGCUCCCUAAGUUCUUUGCUUCCGCUCUCAAAGCUCGCAAGAAUGACAUCACCUUUAAGACGUUGCUGACAGUAAUUGAAGGACACAAAGGAACUGAGUUUUCUGACGGCGAUGUGUUGAUUUUCCCACAAAUGAUCAAAUACAGGGGCUUGAAAGAGUCAGAUGUGGACAGCUUUGUUGAUGAUGUCCUUGUGAAUCACAAACCAUGGGCUUCCCGAGUGCAAGAGCCGUUGACUGGCCCCAAUGUAUUUAUAUGCGCACAUAUGAGUCGAAAUGAAUGGAAUCGUUAUCGUGCAUGUGUUCUCAUUGAUAAGUUCAAACAGGAGGCUGAGCUGCGAGGGUUGUCGGAUCAGGUAUUUGUUACUGCUUGCUUUCACAUUGGAGGCCACAAGUUUGAUGGAAACUUGGUUAUCUACAGCCCAAGUUCAGAUGGAAGCAUAAUAGACCAUUGGUAUGGCUACAUCUUUCCUAGUGAUGUGCCGGAAUUGCUUGAUCAGCAUAUUGGGAAGGGAGAGAUUAGAGAACGACAUUGGAGGGGCCAAAUGGGAGCAUCUUCUGAUGAAGCUGAAGAAAUUAAUGACCGUGAGCUUCCAAAUGGAGAAGAAAAUAAGAAAAUCGAGGAUAAGCCACAAGAAAAUAGCAAUCAGAUUCACCAAGAAAAGGGCAAUCAGAUUGAGAAUAGUGAGAACGGUGAAAGUGAGGAAAAGCAGUUGAAAGAAACCAGAGAGUCCAAACCAUCACUUGUUUAUGAGCCUAUGGAUAUGCAUGGUUCUGCAAUCUGCGCCUUAGAUGAUGCCCUUGGGGAGCUAUCAAGAAGGAUCCAAGACUGGCUAUGAAGAUGGAUACGGAUGCUGAUACAACGAUAUGACACGACACAACACGGCGAUACGGAAAAUCUUUAAAAAUUAAGAUACGAUAUGCUAUGGAUAUGGCAAAUAAAAAUGUUUAUAGCAACAAAAAUAAACAUUUUAAAACAUAAUUCAUCAUUCAAAUUCAAGUACAUGGUUUUAAUUAGAGGGAAGCUCUUUGUAUUGUAGAAGAAAUGUGAGAGUCGUAUUCAUGGUUUUAAUUAGAGGGAAUCUCUUUGUAUUCAGCAACUUUUAAUUAUAGAUGCCUCCUAUUAAUUUUCUCCUCCUCA